UAUCCGUUUUAACCCGACUUCUUUUUAUCAAGUUGAAUUUCCAUGCAGACACUGUCUAUUACAGCUGUUUUAUACCACUUAAGUUAUAUUGUGGUAUUAUCUGAAAGGUGUUACACAGUUUGUACAAGGAAAUUCAACCUAACGAAAAAAAAAGUUAGAAUAGACGUUACCACACUUGCAUUCGAAGUGUCACAAACUUGGUGCAAUCUAAACAAAAAAAGAACUUUUUUUUGUCAUUAAGAAGGAACCCGAACUCUCUCUUGUCACAAAAAUUUAUCCGAAAUGGCUGGUAAAUCAUCUGACGUCGAAAUGGCUCUCAAGUCCUGGGAAUUGGAAAACAACAUCGAAACAAUACCAUCUUGCGAUGAAAUCUUUCGUUAUGAUGCCCAAGCUCAUCAAACUAUACUUGCCGCACGUCCUUGGGACAAAGAUCCGCAUUUCUUUAAAGACAUUCAAAUUUCGGCGUUGGCUUUGCUGAAAAUGGUGAUGCACGCUCGAUCCGGUGGACCGUUAGAAGUAAUGGGCUUGUUAUUGGGAAAAGUUAUCAACAAUACCAUGAUUGUAAUGGACUCAUUUGCUCUGCCGGUCGAAGGAACCGAAACUCGGGUAAAUGCUCAGUCACAGGCUUACGAAUACAUGGCUGCUUAUAUCGAAUCGGCAAAGGAAGUUGGUCGCCUAGAAAAUGCCAUCGGCUGGUAUCAUAGUCACCCCGGCUAUGGAUGUUGGUUGUCGGGAAUCGAUGUGUCCACGCAGAUGUUGAACCAAAAUUUCCAAGAACCAUUCGUAGCUAUCGUUGUCGACCCUGUUCGAACUGUUUCAGCAGGAAAAGUGUGUCUGGGCGCAUUCAGAACGUACCCGAAAGGCUAUAAACCACCAAAUGAGGAACCGUCAGAGUACCAAACAAUUCCGUUGAAUAAAAUCGAAGAUUUUGGCGUUCACUGCAAACAGUACUAUCCAUUGGACGUGACAUAUUUCAAAUCGGCCUUGGACCGCAAGCUUCUCGAUUCAUUGUGGAACAAAUACUGGGUGAAUACGUUGGGCAGUUCGGGAUUGCUUAGCAACACUGAGUACACGACAGGUCAAAUUUUCGAUUUAUCCGAAAAAUUAGAACAAAGUGAGGCGAGCUUGUCUCGAGGACCGUUCCUUGUAACAGCUCUUGAUCCUAAUGAAAAGCGCACCGAAGACCGUCUGACGAAGGCAACUCGCGACUGCAGCCGAGCGUCUAUUGAACUGAUUCAUGGUUUGAUGGCCCAGAUAGCUAAGGACAAGCUGUUUAACACCGUCGGCAUCAACAACAACAAAUAAAAAGGGCCAUUUGCGUAACGGUAAACUCUGUCGAUUGAUUUUCAUACGGGAAAUACAUAAAAU